UUCUAACUAGCCAUCCAGUCUGGUUAGAAAGCAAAAUUGUUUAUUUUAUUUUAGGUUCAGUUUUCAGAUCGGUUUUCUAACACUGUUUUGGUUUGGUUCUCGUAUCGGUUCAACCGGAUUGGAUAGUCAUAAAGAAUUUGAAGUCCUUAAUUAAGCCCAAAACAAGUAGAGCCCAUAUAUAUACUAACAAAGCCGUGAUUAGGGUUUUUGGUUUUCGUCAGAAGAUUUCAAGGUUUAGGGUUUCUGCAAUUCAACCAUGGCAGAGCAGACGGAGAAGGCGUUUCUUAAGCAACCAAAAGUUUUCUUAAGCUCGAAGAAAUCUGGUAAGGGAAAGAGGCCUGGUAAAGGAGGUAAUCGUUUCUGGAAGAACAUUGGCCUUGGUUUCAAAACUCCAAGAGAGGCUAUUGAAGGAACAUACAUUGACCAGAAAUGUCCCUUUACUGGUACGGUUUCAAUCAGGGGUCGCAUCUUGUCUGGAACUUGUCACAGUGCAAAGAUGCAGAGGACGAUCAUUGUUCGUAGGGACUAUCUUCAUUUUGUGAAGAAGUAUCGAAGAUAUGAGAAAAGACACUCAAACAUUCCUGCUCAUGUUUCCCCGUGCUUCCGUGUCAAAGAAGGAGAUCGUGUUACCAUUGGGCAAUGCAGGCCAUUGUCAAAGACGGUGAGGUUCAAUGUCCUGAAGGUCAUUCCGGCUGGAAGCUCUUCUAUCGGGAAAAAAGCAUUCACUGGAAUGUAAAAGAGAUUCAGAUUUGUUGAAAAGGUGCGAACUAGUAUUCUAAGAGUUUAGAAUUUUUCUAGCAGAGUUAUUGGAUUCGUUUCUUAAGAUCUAUGAUCAAAGGAAACCAGAUUUUCUGUUUCAUUUAGUGAUUCAAGUAUCAAGAUAUGUCUAUGGUUAUAGUUUUACUCCAAUAUAUCUAGUCAUGAGUUGCUAUCUACUAGUCAUGAUUUCGAUGAAAAGUGGAAUUAUGCUUUUGCUAUCUUGAUAUUUAUCUUUGUCUAAUCGAUAUUUCUUGCU